UCUGUAGGAAGAGGACGAAUUUUUGUUGGGAAUUGACUCAUUCAAGAAAAAGAAAAAGUAUUUCAUCGAAGAUACCUCCUCUGAAGAUCUUUCCCAUCUGGAUUGGGUAAAGAGGAAAAAGAAACAUUUGGUGGCUUCUCCUCCUGCUGAUACUGCUAUGGGCCUUUUGAAGGCUAUUACAUCACCAAUGGCCUCUGUUUCAAAGCCUUCAAAGAAAACCGAGAAGUCGUUUUCCUCAUUUAGUGCCUCUUCAUAUCCCCCAUAUUCAGAGUUCAAAAAAGAACAUAAGAAACCUAGUAACCGGGGGGAAUGUGAGCUGUCCUUGGAGGACUCGAUGCAUAAAAACAAAAAGAUGAAACCACUUUUUGUCAACACCGAGCCACUUACAUUAAAAGAGCCAGAUGGUUUGAAAAUGAAACUUAUUCUUUCACCAAAGGAGAAGUCCACUGAAGAGGUAUUUACUUAUCCUGCUACAUCAUCUGUAAAAAAAUCUUCCAAGAAGACAAGCAAAGAUGAGCAUAACAAUUUCCAGUUGAGCCCUGAAAUCCAAGGACUUGCAAAAUUAUCGCACAAGAAACCCAAAUCUGAGGCACAGGUGAAUGAAAGUUUUGACUCUGAGGCCUCACUUUAUUCUGAGGCUCAGGGCAGCAGCUUAUCAGAGUAUGAUUUUUCUGGUUUGGAGACUCAUGAACCUAGCUCAUCGUCUGUUGGGGAGAUGAAGGCUGGGGAACUGGUAGUAGAUGAUUCUUACCGAGAGAUCAAGAAGAAGAAGAAAUCAAAAAAGAGCAAGAAGAAAAAGGACAAAGAGAAAGAAAAACACAAAGAAAAGAAACACUCAAAGUCAAAAAAGACAUUACCCCUCUCUCCAGGAGAGAUAGUGUCACCAAGUCACACACUGUCUCCUACUGCAGGAAGCCCUACCAGUGUUCCUUUUCACACAGCCCCUGUCUUUCACUCUGAUAUUCAGAGUGAGAAGAAGAAAAAGAAAAAGAAAGAAGACAAGGAGAAAGAGAAGUUAGAAAAGCCUAAAAAGAAGAAGAACAUGUCUGCCUAUCAACUGUUCUGUAAAGAGUAUAGAGUCAACAUUGUAGCUGAGCAUCCAGGAAUAGAUUUUGGUGAGCUGAGCAAAAAGUUGGCUGAAGUUUGGAAGCAGCUUCUUGAGAAAGACAAGCUAGCCUGGAAACAAAAAGCUCAGUACCUCCAACACAAACAAAACAAAGCUGAAGCCACAACAGUGAAGCGCAAGCUUGGCAACAAUGACAGUUCUUCAAAAUCUAAAGAAUUGCAGUUACAUUUGUCUGCAUCUUCCUCAUCAGCAUCGUCACCCCAUAAGAAGUCCCCAUCUAGCACAUCUAUAUCUGCUUCCCCAGUGAAGGUACCUGAAGUCGACCCUAUUGAUGUUGCAGCUCAUCUUCAGCUUCUGGGAGAGUCUUUGAGUCUCAUAGGUCAUCGCCUUCAGGAGACAGAGGGAAUGGUUGCAGUAUCGGGAAGCCUGUCCGUCUUGUUAGACUCCAUUCUGUGUGCAUUAGGUCCACUGUCUUGUCUAACUGCUCAAGUACCGGAACUCAAUGGCUGUCCUAAACAAGUUUUGUCAAACACUUUGGAUAAUAUUGCUUACAUUAUGCCUGGACUUUGACAGAUGAGGCUUAUGAUAAAGGUGCCUUGAAGAUCAGUGUACAUAACUGAAAGAGCAGCAUCCAGAUACUUUUAUGUGAAUGGAAGACUGGUUCAGUUGUAAUUAUUUUAAUAACGUUUUUAAAGACACAAUGUACAGGAAAAGGGACUCGGACUGUUUUUACUGGACAUUUUUCUGUAUGCAAACAAAUGGCAGAAUAACAAUUGUAUUGAUUUGUAUGUUUUUUGAAUGAAGAUUGUUAAAAAAAUAAGUAUUUAAGUAUGUUAUAUAUGUAUUUGAACAUUACUUCGGCAAUACCCACUUCACAAAUUUUCUUUCUGGUUCUCAGAGGAUUGACCACGAGUAUAUUCUCACAGUUGCACUUUUGACAGCAGGAAGAAGAGAAGACUAAUCACUGCUGGUUGCAUUCCAAAUACAAAAUUUGUCCUGAGAUAUUUGCAACAGGUGCUACAACUAUGUUGGGUGUUUAAGCAUUUCUGCAGUUGUGCUUCCUGUUACGCUGCAUAAGGUGAAAAUACUGGAACCAGUGAUAAAAAGGGAUUAAAUCAGCUCUAGGUAUAGAUAAAUAGUAGAAUGCAGUGUAAAACAAUGUAACUUAUGAUAAUAUCCAGAAACAGUAUAGUAACUGUAGUUUAAAAUUUAUUGUGUAGAGCCAACUUUGGGGGAGGGCUGUGGUGUUUGUUGUAUUCUGGACCAUAAGUCUGUGGAUAAGUUUACUUAUUGUGUAGUACCUCACAGAACACUCAGAGCUUACAGUGUUUGAUAGUGAAUCCAUGUCUUGUCAUAUGUUGUAACUAUAUUAUGUUAAUAUUACAAUAUAAAUAUAUUUUUUGCAAAUAAGAAAUGGAACAUCCUUCCAUUUCUUAAUUGUGUGUAAGACUCUCAUAUGUUUACCCUGCUAUGUUUUCUGCCUUAUUUAAGUUGAUGCGCAGCAUAACCAGAAAUUGCUUUUACAGUUUUUAAAGCACUUGAGAAACA